AUGGACCCUAUACAGUCUCCCAAGAGUACGCCCAAACUGGCAUCUUCGGCUUUUCCAGCACAAUUUCCACCCUCACCUCCAGACAGCAGCUCGAAUACUAGAGCGCCAAGCUCUGAUGCCGGAUCCGUGGUUUCAAGCCACCCAGAUGAUUUGGACAAAGAUACAACCAGGGUAUCAAGGGCCUAUCCCCUGCCUCCGGCCUCCCGUAACGACAACCAAGUUCUGCCACAGGACCUGAAAACACCAGACAACCAUGUCGAGCGCGAUCCACGGUUGAUUCGACUGACUGGAGUCCAUCCUUUCAACGUAGAAGCUCCUCUUAGCGACCUAUUCAAUGAUGGUUUCCUCACUUCCAAUGAUCUCCACUAUGUACGAAACCAUGGCGCCGUGCCCAAGGUCGAAGACUCCGAGGUUAUGGACUGGGACUUCACCGUCGAGGGCAUGGUGGAACACCCAAUCAAGCUCAACCUGGCCGAGCUCAUUAGCGAAUAUGAACAAGUCACAUACCCAGUCACACUCGUUUGUGCUGGAAACAGAAGGAAAGAGCAGAACGUUGUCAGAAAAACAAAAGGAUUUUCCUGGGGAGCAGCGGGCGUGUCGACAGCCCUGUGGACGGGUACCGUCAUUGGCGAUGUACUUAAGAAAGCAAUGCCCAGCCGAAGGGCAAGAUAUGUAUGCUUUGAAGGCGCAGACAAAUUGCCCAAUGGGUACUACGGUACCUCGGUCAAGUUGAACUGGUGCAUGGACCCGAAUCGAGGCAUCAUGCUGGCGCACCGCAUGAAUGGCGAAGCUCUACACCCCGACCACGGAAAACCUUUGCGCAUCAUCAUACCAGGGCAGAUUGGCGGCCGCAGCGUCAAAUGGCUCAAGAGAAUCAUUGUUACCGACCAGCCAAGUGACAAUUGGUAUCACAUUUACGACAAUAGAGUUCUGCCUACAAUGGUGGACCCGGAGCAGAGCGCAAAUCUGCCAGAUACAUGGAAAGACGAGAGAUAUGCCAUUUACGAUUUGAAUACCAACAGCGCAACAUGCUCUCCAGCACACGAAGAACGAAUAUCACCGUCGAGCGUGCAGGAAACCUAUACCGUACGCGGCUACGCAUAUGCUGGCGGAGGAAAACGCGUCACGAGAGUCGAGAUUACUCUGGACAAGGGCAAAACUUGGAUACUAGCAAAUAUUUCAUACCCUGAAGACGAAUAUCGCUUAGCGGACGACGAAGAGCGGCUUUACGGAGGACGGCUAGACAUGUCAUGGAGGGAGACUUGCUUCUGCUGGUGCUUUUGGGACUUGGAGGUUUCCAUUGCAUCUCUGCAAGACGCCGACGACAUCAUGGUGCGGGCCAUGGACGAAUCCAUGAUGGUUCAGCCUCGAGACAUGUACUGGAGCGUGCUAGGCAUGAUGAACAACCCUUGGUUCCGUGUCGUGAUUCACAAAGAAGCGCACGGUUUGCGCUUUGAACAUCCUACACAACCCGCCUUGAUGCCAGGAGGUUGGAUGGAGCGUGUCAAGAAAGCAGGUGGCAACUUGUCCAAUGGCAACUGGGGCGAGAAAGCGGCUGGCGAGGAAGAAGUUGUUGUUGUGGAGGAGCCAGUAAAAGAGAUUUGCAUGACCAAAAAGGACGUUAGCAGGAGCAUCACGAUUGAUGAGCUGCGCAAGCACGACGGCGAGGUGGAACCAUGGUUUGUUGUCAAUGGAGAGGUAUACGACGGAACAAAGUUCCUUGAGGGUCACCCCGGCGGUGCGGCUUCUAUCUUCGGUGCAGCAGGCCAGGAUGCCACCGAAGAGUUUCUCGCCAUUCACAGCGAAAACGCCAAAGCCAUGAUGCCCGACUACCAUAUAGGGACACUUGACCAGGCUUCGCGAGAAGCUCUUGCCAAGGGCGACACCGUCAUUGACGAAAACGCUGCACCACGUGACAUCUUCCUGCAGUCCAAAACCUGGACUCGUGCCAUUUUGUCUGCCAAGAAGAAAGUGUCACCAGACACCAAGAUCUUUACUUUUGACCUCGAACAUGCAUCCCAGACGGUUGGACUGCCCAUCGGUCAGCACCUACUAAUGCGGCUGAGGGAUCCAGUAACGCGUGAAGCCAUCAUCAGAGCCUACACGCCGAUAUCAGAAAACAGCGAGGUUGGAAAGCUCCACGUUUUGAUCAAGGUGUACUAUGACACACCUGAGCGGAAGGGUGGCAAGAUGACGCAGGCCCUCGACGCCAUUCCCGUGGGGCACUUUGUAGACUUCAAGGGACCAACUGGCAAGUUCGAAUAUCUCGGUCGAGGAGUAUGCACAAUCUCAGGGAAGCAACGCAAUAUCAAGCGCUUCAUCAUGAUCUGCGGCGGCUCGGGCAUUACGCCCAUCUUUCAAGUCUUGAGAGCCGUCAUGAAGGACCCCGAAGACUCGACUCAGUGUCUGGUUAUGAACGGCAAUAGGAUUGAAGAGGACAUACUCUGUCGGGAAGAGAUAGACGCCAUGGUACUCGGGAACGAGCACAAAUGCCGCUUGCUCUACAGUCUGUCCAAACCCGGACCUGAUUGGACAGGGUUAAAGGGUCGGAUGAGCAAGGAGCUCUUUGAGGCCGAGGCUGGGUCGCCAACAAGUUCUCAGGGCGAGCAACUGGUGCUCGUUUGCGGGCCAGAAGCAUUGGAAAAGAGCGUGCAUUCGACAUUCACAGCAAUGGGCUGGAGAGACGAGGAUUUGCUUUUCUUCUAG